UGUUCAGCGGCACAUCCGCCUGACUCGCGCGAGCGUGUUUACAUGCAGACAGCUCGGCACAGAAUGGGCAGACCCGCUUGAAGCUUUGCAGAUUAAUGGUUAGUGGACUGUUGUCUCCACUGUGAUCAGACCUAUGAGGAGAACCAGGCAAGUGUAACAGACAUGCAGCACCCAAAUUUCGAGACGCAACAUCCGCUGCAGCAGGACGAACAAGAGACUGGUUAUGACCCUCUACAGAACUACAACAAAAACAGAGGAGGAUCGCUAGAUAGUGCUACCGAGUCAACAUUUCAGACAUACAGAAAGGAAUGGGAUGACUUGUUCCAGAACAGUAACUACCUGUCUUGGAUCAGGCAGGCAGGCAUUAAUGGACGAUUACGGAGCAGCCGAUUUCGCAGUGUAUGCUGGAAGAUUUAUCUGGACGUCCUGCCUGAAGAUAAGAGUCAAUGGAUCAUCAGAACCAAGGAGCUCCGAGCACAGUAUGAGAAGAUCAAAGAGAUGCACAUUACUAACCCUCGCAAAGCUGCUGGCCAACAGGACCUGAUGGUGAACAACCCACUCUCACAGGAUGAGGGGAGUCUAUGGAAUAAGUUCUUUCAGGAUAAGGAGCUAAGGGGGAUGAUCAAACAGGAUGUGUUACGAACGUUUCCAGAGAUGCUGUACUUCCAGGAAGAGGAUGUUAGGACGAAGCUGACUGAUAUUCUCUUCUGCUAUGCAAGAGAGAACGAGCAACUAUUAUACAAACAGGGCAUGCAUGAGUUAUUGGCUCCUAUUGUGUUUGUUCUUCAUUGUGAUCACCAGGCAUUUCAGCAUGCCAGUGAGACGGCCAAUCCCAGUGAAGAGAUGAAAGUCCUUCUUGAUCCUAAAUUUCAUGAGUAUGAUGCUUAUGCUAUGUUUUCUCAGCUCAUGGAGACCGCAGAACCCUGGUUCAGUAGUUUUGAGCGGGAAGUCAGAAAGGGUAAAGAGGAAAUGCUAACCAGCAUCCCCUUUGCAAGACCGCAGGACUCCGGCCCCUCUGUUGCCAUAGUGACCAAAGUCAACCGAAUUCAGGACCAGCUACUAAAGAAACAUGACAUUGAACUGUACAUGCAUCUCAACAGACUAGAGAUAGCUCCCCAGAUCUACGGCAUACGCUGGGUUCGAUUACUGUUUGGGCGGGAGUUUCCUCUGCAGGAUCUACUGGUCGUCUGGGAUGCCCUCUUUGCUGACAGCAUCACCUUGGACCUGGUGGACUAUGUGUUCGUUGCUAUGCUUCUGUACAUCAGAGAUGCAUUGAUCGCAAGUAACUUCCAGACAUGUCUUGGUCUCCUGAUGCACUAUCCUCCUAUAGGAGACAUCCACUCACUUCUGCUAAAAUCACUAUUCCUCAGAGACCCUAAGAAUAAUCCUCGGCCAGUGAACUAUCAGUUCCAGCAGAACCUUGACUACUACAAAACACGUGGGGCUGACCUGGUCAACAAGACUCGGGCAAGCACUAAAGCAGCACCUCUCAACAUUAAUAAAGUGUCCAGUUCUCUUCUCAAUUUUGGCCGAAAGCUUAUCGCUCCGAUGGGAGUUGGGCCCAGCGGGAUCUCACCAAUUAACAGUGAAGUGAUAACAGCCCCGCCCGCACAAGCUCCAGUGCCACAUCCAUUGGCUGAGCCUCUGUCUUGCACCGCCCCCUCAAACACACAUAUGCAAUCUCAACCACACCCUCAAAUGCAGCAUCAGCACCGACUGCUGAAGUCAGAGAGCAUGCCUGUGCACCUGAGCAAAGACGUUGGUCCUUGUGGCGGUUCUCAGAUAUCUCUCCCAGCCCAGAUUCACUCUGAUACCCAAGGCCACACCUCCAGGACUAUUAGCUCCUCCCCCAGCAUUGAGAGUUUAUCUGGUGGGCGGGACCAUGCAAUGUCUUCCCCUCCUCUUCCUGUGUCUGGGGGGCGAGAGUCCAGCACAUCCCCUCCACCGUCCUCUGCCACGAAGAAAGACUCUUUCUUUAUUCUCAGUCGUUCACGGUCCCACAGUAAAUCUAUAAACAAGAAAGACACGGAGGAGCUGGAAGCCCAGGUGUCGUUCUUACAGGGUCAAAUUAACGAUCUAGAGGCCAUGAGUAAAUUCUGUGCCAAGAUGAUGAAUAUGCACAUAGGCAAAAUUCAAGAUGUGAUACUGCAGGAGCAUCUGGAGAAGGAAGAUGAAGUACUGGUGUCACUUGCUGGACUCAAACAGAUUAAGGACAUCCUGAAGGGGUCUCUUCGAUUCAACCAGAGCCAGCUUGAGUCAGAGGAGAAUGAAGAGAUCACUAUAGCUGAUGAUCACUACUGCUCUUCUCAGUACAGCACACUAAAGAACCAGACUGAUCCAGAUGGCUUGUCUACAAACACAACUGAUUCUACAAACAGUCUACAAAAUGCUCCACAGCGCUACAACCUCCAGGAAGGAGACAUGGUAGAAGAGAAAGAACGAGAGGACGAGAAGGUCUUGACCACUGAGAGUUUCACCACAAUACAAAAGCCACAGGCUGCUGAGCUGAGAAACUGGGACGACUACAUCCUGGUCUUGCAGGAUGGAGAACCAGCCGAGAGUGUGGAACAAAGCUUGACCACCACAGCUCCACCCUUCAAGCAUGUGCGAGGCCUAAUUAAGGCGGAUUUCCGAGACCCCUUGAUGGGAGCCACAUCUGGGUCUUCUAGUCCAGAUGAUAGCAGCACUCACAGCAAAGACUCUGACUUCACUAUAGUUAAUCCUACUGACUUUUGAACCUUGACUCCCCCUAAACAUGACUUUACCCAUCUUCAACACUUCAAUCCUGUAGGGGGAAAACUUUGCUGGCUGUUUGCACACAUGAAUGCUGAUUGCCUUAUGUGCACCUAUGCCCUGAUACUGAAACCCUAAACCACAUAUUUCCAAAAUCUCUGACCUUUGACUGUGUAUUUAUGUUCUAAGUGCAUCCUUAGUCAAAACUGCUCCUUUCUGUGUGCCCUAAACUCAAACCUAUUGUUCUGUUAAUUAAAUCUAUAAUCUAAAGCCAUAAAAACUGCCUCAGUUUAGUCAAAUUCUUCAUACUGUAAUUUUCCUUGAAAAUGCCCUAAUUGCUGAAGUUUUGGCCUUCUCAUUGCCUUUUAGGUUGAAACCCUAAUAGUCUUUUUUUCUCCUAGAUCAAUAUCCUGUGAAGUAUUUUUAUUAAUAGACACUCUCUGCCUCAGACAAAAGCUGUAUUCUGCUUUACUUUUUCUCCCUACUUUUCUCAGAGUACUGACUGUAGCGAUAAGGAUGAGACACUGAUAAAUGCUUAAUCCAGCAGGAGAGAGCAGCUUAUUUAUCAUCAACAUGGACUGAUCCUCUCUUUCUCAUUCACUCAUUCAUCAUUGAUUGUUCAUGAACCUGUGCCUGAAUAGUUGUCCUUUUUCCAUUUUUGUUUAUUUUCUUUUUAGAUUGAGAUUUUAGUCCAUAGGCCACAACAUAGGCAUUUGUUAAAUUAUGUAUUUCUUUUUCAUAUUUGUCAUUUAUUUUUAAGCCAGUUAUAUGUAAAAUUAUGUUCUAGUGUUUCUCUGAUGGUGUAAGUAGUCUCAUUUAGUCUCGAUUCCCGUGGUAACUGUGUAUUGUUUUGCACAUAACACGAGGGAUGUUCUAAUCCUGAUAUCCUAUUAACUCUGGAUGAAUAAAAAGCAUUACUCUUGCCUAAUCCAAAGCUCUAGCGUGCCGAGAUGUUUCUUUUUAGCCAUUUUCCUUUCCUCCAGAUAAUGUUUUUUUUAUUCGUUUCCCUGUCUCAACCUCGUGACUCCUAUCCUGAGGUCACCAGAACCGGCUGGAUCCAGCUCCAUUCCUGCUUCGUGUUGGACUCCACGUGUCACUGUGUGAUGAUGACUAAAUGCAGCCGGUGCCAGCCAAACAUCACUUCAGUCUAUUACGAUGGACUUCAGAGGAUGAACUGAUGCCAACUCCAACCAUAAGACAUGGGACACUUCAUAUGCCAUUGCCUGAACCUUGGACUUAGGAUAGACCUCACCGAAAUUACCGGCCAGGUUGAACUGCGACGUUCCUUACUGAUCUCUGCCUUCAUCUCCUCGGUCUAAUGAUGGACUACACUCUUGAAAUGGAAUACAUGGACUACAAAUUUGCCAACUAACAAGGACAAUUGCAUCUAUGUGAACUUCUGCAGUUAAUACAGGAUGGACUUCAAAGUCAUUAAUCUUACAGUUCAUAAAAAAAAUCUUUGUUUCAACACUGACCCUUAACACUUACUUAGUUUAAUAAUUUUAAACCAUGACUUGCACUCGGGGAUGGAUUAUGACUUGCAAAGUCCCUGGGGCCAGUUAUCUCCAAGGGCCCCCCCUCCACACAAAGGGGUUCGUUGUUCAUGCCCAAAAGGGUUUUCAAGCAGGGGCAAUCACCAAACUAGAUCGGCCAGCCUUAAAGACCAGGGCACCUCCGGUAAGUCAAGGGCCCCUGAGCACUGGCCUCAUUGUCCCAGUCAGUAAUCCAUCCCUGCGUGCACUAUGCAUAAGUAGUAUUGGCAUUAUAUUCAUGAUGUUAGCCAGAGGGGAACUGACCCCACAGUGAGUCUGGUUUCUUCCUAGGUUAUUUUUCUCCAUUAACCAACAUCUUAGGAAUUUUGUGUUCCUUGCCACAGUCGCCUCCGGCUUGCCCACUGGGGUUAUUAAUACAAUUAUUAUUUCAUUACCUAGCUUUAAAUACAAUACACAAUCAUAUUUUUGACUCAUGACUCAUCGACAUUAUAGACAUUACAGUUUUAUCGUCUGUUAAUGUCUGAUCUUCUGUAAAGCUGCUUUGAAACGAUGUGUGUUGUGAAAAGCGCUAUACAAAUAAAA